CAUAUCUCAGUAGAUGAUGUCGGAAAACUGAAACUAGAUUAAAUUAUUUUACGUUUAGAACUAAAGAAAAAAUAAAGUAUUUCCACAUAACUUUCAAAUAAUUGCAUAGGUUUUAGUAGAUAAGUACACGUAUGUAGAUUUACGAAUAUUUGAUUACUGUUUGCGAUUUUGUUGUUGUUUAUUUUUACGGAGAAAUGAAUCUGGAAGACAAUGCGAUGGGCCUGACCACAGAACAAACUGAUAAAAUACUGCAAUUUCAAGAUUUAACUGGUAUUGAGGAUAUGUCGAUAUGUAGAGAUGUUUUGCAAAGACAUCAGUGGGAUUUGGAGGUAGCGAUACAAGAGCAGCUAAAUAUAAGGGAAGGCAGGCCUUCCGUAUUUGCCACAGAGGCGCGGGCGCCCCCAGUUGUUCACGACCACAUAGCACAACAAGUCUUCACAGACGAUGCCCCAGAAGGACCUGGCGGUGUAACAGGACUCUUCCGAUAUGUAGUAAACCUAGUUGUAUCAGUGUGCUAUAGUACAAUAUCAUCAGUCUUGAAUUUAUUAUUAAGCUUCAUAAGGAAUGAUGACCGAAGAUUGGUGACAGAUCCCCUUGGGGAUGUUAUGGGAUUCAUUAACAAUUAUACAUCACGUUUUAAUGCCCACCCUGUAUUCUAUCAGGGUACAUAUGCUCAAGCACUGAAUGAUGCCAAAAAUGAACUGAGGUUCCUCAUUGUAUAUCUACAUUCAGAGUCAGCACCAGAGACCUUAAAUUUCUGCAGAAAUACUCUUUCAGAUCCAGCAGUAAUCCAAUACAUCAACACUCAUGCUCUCUUCUGGGGUUGUUCUGUGGACACCUCAGAGGGUUGGAGGGUUGCUCAAUCAGUUGGCGGACGGAGAUAUCCCCUGCUUUGUGUGGUGUGUGUGAGAGACCACCGUAUGACUGUGGUAGCAAGGAGUGAAGGGUCGUGUUCACCAACACAGCUCAUAAACAGACUUCAGAGAAUUGUCACAGAAAAUGAACCAUAUCUUACAGCGGCUAGGGCUGACAGAGUGGAGCGUGAAGUAACAGCCCGUCUCCGAGCUGCGCAGGACGAGGCGUACGCUGAGUCGCUGGCGGCGGACCAGGAGAAGGAGCGGCGCCGCGCGGCCGACAGGGCGGCGCGCGCGCAGCGGGAGAACGAGGACCUGCAGCGCAGGCAGCAGGAGGAACGCCAUAAGCAGGAGGUGCAAGCAGCAAGAGUUGCAAUAGCGGAACAAUUACCCGAGGAGCCAAAAGCUGGGCCAGAAGCGUUGGCUCUGCUCAUCAGACUACCGACUGGCGAAAGACUCACCAGGCGAUUCCUUUUCGCUAACACCACUAAGGAUCUAUACGAUUUUGUCUUCAGCCAUCCACAAUCGCCUGAAGAGUUUGAAAUCACAACAAAUUUCCCUAAACGUGUCCUAUCUCGCGGCCACUCAAAACUCUUAGACGUCGGCCUCAAAGAUCGCGACGUACUUUUCGUCAACGAUAUAAACGCAUAAUAUUAUGUCAAUGAAGAUUAAAAUUAGUAGCCAUUAAGAAACAUUGUUCUUUUUUUAAAUUUUAGAAUACAAAUAUUUUUGUUAUCUGUGGCGAACGAGCGCAAAAUUUCUAUUAUUUAUUUAAAAUUUGUUCCUCGGUUUUGGAUAUAAAUUAGUAAAAAAUGUGUGUAAAAAGCAAUAAGUACGAUUAAUUCGGAUGGAAAUCUUUUAUUUUGUUUCAAUGCGAUUUUUUUUCAACAUAUUGUAUAAAUUCGGACAAAUUAUGGUGUAAUGGUAUAUAAUGGAUAAUUGUGUAAUUUAUGGUUGUAUAUAUAACUAUAUUAUGCUGUUUUAGUUGUGAAAGAUUAAGUUUUAAUUCCUACUUUGAACAAGUUCAAAAUAAUUAGUGGGCAUAAUAUUAUAUUCUAAAAAAAAUUCUAUGUAAAGUACUGAAUUUUCUUUAACCCGGCGUCAUUGUGGUAGGAAAUAGGUAAAUGGACGUUGAGGUGCGUCAAUAUUACUAGAAUAUUAAAAUCGUGAUAUUUGCAUAUAUUGCAAUGCAUAUAAUGCGUGAUGUUUGAGUAUAUUCGAAAACUGAAUUAUGAUACAAUAAUUGUCGUAUGUAGUUAAUCAAAAUAAGAAAGGAAAUUAUAAUUCAAGGAAUCUUAAGAUGACUUCAUCAACUCUAACAAAUAAUUCAAGUUUAUCAGUGUUUGCUCGUACUGUAAUAUGGUGGAUAAUGGUGGAUAAAUAGAUAAUACAUAUUAUGUCAAUCUUCAUCACAUCGACAUCGACCCUACAUUUUGUUUUUUUUUUUGUCAUGGAUUUCCGCUUCCGCUUUAAAUCAUAAAUUUUACUGUCAUGAUGAUGACGCCUAUUACACAACUUCAUUUUUUUUGGUGUAA